UGCUCCUUUAAGACCCCUCUUUCAAAGUCACUGAGAUAUUUUCUUCUAGCCAUGGUAACCAAAAUAAUGAGCAACUGGGUAUUUUUAUACAUGACCCUAAGCAUGAAGGGGUGUUAAUUGUUUAAUUAACUCAGGAACCACACCUGUGUGGAAGCACCUGCUUUCAAUAUUUCUUUAUCCCUCAUUUACUUGUUUUCUUCAUUUUGGCAGUUACCUGUAUAUUCCCAUAGGGGCAAGUAAUGAAUCUCUGGAGAAAGUACUAGAAAGAGUAUUGGGACCUGCAGGGGGAGACAAUGACUGAACAUUUUGCAGGGGGAAACAGUGACUGAACAUUUUCAGAGCGGGUUACUAGAGUUGAUCUGAGGUACUGUGGCGUUGUUCUGCUCUAGCCAUCCUUCGAUCUCAGAGAUCACAGAAAAUGUUUGGUUAAAAGAAAACAAGGAAUUAAAAGAGUCCCAUUUAACAUUGUGUUGGCAAAAUAUAGACUAAAAGGUAGGCAUGCAGUGUAACUUUAGCCUACAGUUACAACAGUACUAUAAAACUCUAAAACUGAACAGUAGUUACACUGUAUCCUGUGUGUUACUAGUAUAGACUAUACCUAGAUAUGUUGACACUUUAAACAGUAGGCUACAUCCAGAUAGGAUUUAUAAUUUUUUGUUGUGAAGUAGCCUAUAGUGUGUGUUCCCUAAUGUGUCCCUGACUGAAGUAGUCCAAUUUCCGCCCCGCCAUUACCGUCCGGAACAUCUACCAAAGGACGCAUUGAAUGGGAAUCAAACCUUUUUCAACUCUUAGCCUACCACGUGACUGUCACAUCUUCUAUCUGGACUCCGCAAGCCGCCCUGGUAAUUUUAUCAGAAGACGGAGGAGCUUGUGCAAACUGGUACGUGUGAGUAGUGUCACACCAACGAUAACUAACGCCGAAGAUGGAUGUUGUGAAUUUUUCCAUUGGUUGUAUCUUCUCGAUUGUCCUUCAAGCGCUGUUGUUGUCUUCUUCAUAUGGUUUGUUGGAGCCCUACGACCUUUUAUACAACAAUGCCGUCGAAGCCUUUUACAGCAGUGACUAUAAAGAUGUGGUGCGAUAUAUGGAGGGUGCGCUCAGCAGCUACGCAGAAGUCCGCCAGACUAAAGUCCGAUGUCGGCUGAGAUGCCAGGAUCAGCACCCGUUUGAUUCCGCUUCCAUGGACCUGCAGUUCUUUGACGUGGUUCUCCGAAGAUCCAAUUGUCAGAACGAGUGCAUUGAAGAGAAAGUUGGAACACAGUCCAUGCACAAAGUCAGUGAGGAUGUCAUCCAGGAUUUUCACAGACGAAUCCCGUACAACUAUCUUCAGUUGGCUUAUCAGAAGUUGAAGCAGUUGGACAAGGCAGCGGCGGCAGCACACACUUAUUUCCAGGCUAACCCGGAGAGCGUGGAGAUGGAUCAGAACCUGGAGCAGUACAAAGUUCUGGAGGGCACCAAUCUAGACCACUUUGUGGACAGAGAGGCCCGGCCACAUCAGAGGUCCUUCUCAGCAGGGGUGAAGCUGUAUGACAGUGCAGACUAUGAGGGAGCCAUCUCCCUUUUCGAGGAGGCCCUCCAGGAGUACUACAGGGCUGACGUGGAGUGUCGGGCCCUCUGCCAGGGGCCCCAGAGGUUUGAGGAACAGGACCAUGUCCUCUACCGCUACAGCCUCUACGAACUGGUCUCAGAUCACUUCACCCAGGUGCUGCACUGUGAACACGAGUGUGUGAGAGACCUGUCUACCCGGCCCGGCCGUCUGUCUCCCAUGGAGAACUACCUGCCUCUACACUACGACUACCUGCAGUUUGCCUACUUCCAGUUGAACAUGGUGGAGGAGGCGUUGGCGUGUGCCCAGUCCUACCUGCUGUUCCACGAGGGGGAGGAGUUUAUGACAGAGAACGUGGAGUACUAUAGAGAUGCUAUAGGUCACGACGUCAAACCCCGGGUGAAGGCUGAGUGGUACCUGAGGCGCCAUAAGCAGGAGCUUGAGCUACUAAUGGUCGGCAGUGAGAACAUGCACGUGGAGCUUACAGAGGGGCAUUACUGGACCAGCACGGGUGGCAGAGAGGAUUCUAACAGGAUCCCUUCUGGUACUGAUGGAUGGAUGGAGUACGUACCCAUAUCAGAGAAGAAGAACUUCACCCUGGCCCCACCACAGGAGCUUAGAGAAGGAGGCCCCCUGUUGUAUGACAGUGUGCAGCUGGUCCGGAACUCACAGGCCCUGAACGGAACUCAGAGGGUUCUCCUGGAUGAUGUCAUGUCUGUGGACGAGUGCGCUGAGCUCAAAAACCUAGCCCAUACUGUCACUAUGGCAGGAGAUGGAUACCGAGGGAAGAUGUCUCCUCACACACCCAACGAGAAGUUUGAGGGAGCCACUGUGCUGAAAGCACUGCAGUAUGGCUAUGAAGGCCGUGUCCCUCUGAGGAGCGCUCGUCUGUUCUAUGACGUCAGCGAGAGGGCCAGGCGCAUCAUCGAGUCUUACUUCCUGCUCAACUCAACACUUCACUUCUCCUACACACACCUGGUGUGCCGGACUGCCAUCACAGGGCAACAGGACCAUAGAAAUGACCUGAGCCAUCCUAUCCACGCUGACAACUGUCUGUUAGACCCAGAGGCCAAUGAGUGCUGGAAAGAACCACCAGCCUACACCUACAGAGACUACAGUGCUCUGUUGUACCUGAAUGGAGACUUUGAGGGAGGGGAGUUCAUCUUCACAGAAAUGGAUGCCAAAACAGUCACAGCUCAGGUGAAGCCACAGUGUGGUCGUAUGGUGGGCUUCUCGUCUGGAGGGGAGAACCCCCAUGGGGUGAGGGCCGUCACCAGGGGGCAGAGGUGUGCCGUGGCCCUGUGGUUCACCCUGGACCCCCUCUUCAAAGAACUGGAGCGUCUACAGGCUGAUGAGGUGGUGCAGGCAUUGGACAACCAGAGCAGCCAAUCAAAGUGGGACACAAGCCUCAACAUCAACCCCAAAGAUGAGCUGUAGGAGCCACCCAAAUCUUUAUCUAUCUAUUUAUUGAAUUAAGUUUGGAUGAGAACAAUGUUAUUUUUGUACUGUUUGAAGUGCAAGGUUAUAUCGUUGUUGUUCUUAUAUUUGUUGUCAUUGUGGCUUUAGUCUGUUGUUGUUGUUGUGAUCGUGUGUGAUUUUUUUUUCUGUAAAUACCAGUACUUGAGUUCUCGUUUGGGUCUUAGUUUUUCUCUCGAAUGACUAUCUCUGUUGGGUUGAAACACAGUCGUUGUGCCUCACACUUUAAAGAUUCAGUUGACUUUGUGAUUCAUAUACGAGGUUUUUACAAUACAGACCUGUCAUACAGUGAGGGAAAAAAGUAUUUGAUCCCCUGCUGAUUUUAUACGUUUGCCCACUGA